AUGCGGUUGACAUUGUUGCAGGAUUGGUGCAGGGGAGAGGAACAUCUGGACACCCAGAGGUCCAUGCUCAUCCUGGGGAUUCCUGAGGACUGUGAUGAGGCUCCCAGUCACCUGGGCAGGUAUAGGGUCAUUGGCAGGAUGUUUAGGAGGGAGGAGAAUGCCCAAGCAUUUCUCCUAGAGCUUGCCCAAGGUAUCAAAUAUGCUUAUCCCCGGGAAAUACUGGGAAAGGGAGGGCCUUGGGAAGUGGCGGCAAAACCUCCUAACUCAGAUGGUGAAUUUCUCAAUAGACUGAACCACUGUUUAGAGGAGGAGAGGUGGACAGUGUCAGACAGGAACAGAGUCCUUGGAUCAGACAUCAAUUGCCCCACUCCCAGAGUGGCCAUAUCACCUGAUUUUUGGACUUGGACUUAAACCCUGGGGACAGUAGUGCAGCUUCUGGUAGAACAAAUGUCAUACUGAGAACUGAGAGUGUUUUCUGGGAACAGUGUGUCUAUUCCAGGGGCAUUGUCCUUUGAAGCUUGGCUUGAGCACACCACUGAGGUGCUACAGAUGUGGCAGGUCAAUGCUGCCAUAACUGUGGAGGAGUGCCUGACAGCCCUGCAGCAGGUGUUUGGACCUGUAGAGAGCCAUAAAAUCGCUCAUGUGAAGUUCUGUAAGGCCUAUCAGGAGGCAGGAGAGAAAGUCUCUAGUUUUGUGUUAUGGUUGGAACCCCUGCUCCAAAGAGCUGUAGAAAAAAAUGUGGUAUCAUGAAGGAAUGUGAAUCAGACUUGCCUGAAACUAGUCUUAAAUGGGGCCAACCUCAUUGACAAACUUUGAGACAGGCUUAAGCUGAUGAAACAGCAAAGGAAGACUCCUGGUUCCUUGGCAUUAGUGAAGCUGCUGUGUGAGGAGGAGGAAUGGGAAGCCACUUUAGGUCCCAAGAGGGAGAAUCUAGGUGGGUUAGAAACAGGCAUAAGGUUACCUGCAAGAGCCAGUGGUUUCAGAACAGUGUCUUUCGCUGACCCUGGCAAUACUCUACAGGCCAGGCCCUCCUACAGUUCCUGAUGCAGGAAAGGCAGAAGGCAACACUGCAGCGGGGGGAGGCGUGUGGCAAGGGCUGACUCAUGAAGUUCAGGAAAAUGGAAACACCACAUAUUCUGCUAUACUUGCGGAGAAAAUGGCCUCAUCAGGGCACACUGUAGCAACUCCCCAAACCUUCUUUUGGUAAAGCAGAAGAGACAGGCUGCAAUAGAGUUGGGAAAUAAAAAUUGGGCUUGGGACAAGAGCCACACCAAGCCCAUAGACAAAUACACACAAAAAUGGG